AUGCUUCAAUUUUAUCAAGAAGAAGAUUAUGCAAAUACUCUCCGUACAUCAUCUUUUAAUAAUGAACCAAAAAUUCGAUAUGUACCUCAUAAUAAAAAAAAACAUUCGGCUGCUGAUGAACUUGAUGAUGGUACAAGCAGUAAUGUAAGUGGAAUUGGACAAAAUCGUCGACGAGCUCGAAUGUGGAACUUUUUGAAUCCCUAUGUAUAUGUACCACAUAAUAAUUCAAUUCUUGCAUUAAAUGGAGAUAAUCGAAAUUCUUUAGUUAUUACUAAUAUCAACAAAUUAAAUAAACCUUAUAUUUUUCGAUUAUACAAAAGAUGUGAAUGUUUUGAUUAUAAUAAAGCUUUAAAUGUUUUAAUAACUGGCAGUGCUGAUUAUCUUGCACCAAUUCUGAUACGAUUUCUUAGUAUAUUAGGCGGCAAAACAUCAAAUUUUGGUCUAUUUCCAAAGGAUUUAUAUCUAAAUAAAUUAAAUAAUAAUGCUGAUACAAGUUUACCCGAUGGUUUAGUUUUAGCAUGUAAUGAUUAUUUAUGUAUAAUGAAAUUAGGACAAGAUACAUCUAGAGAUGGUAAUUUAACUGAAACACAUACAGCAACGAAUAGUGCUAAUGAACAAAGUUUUCAUGUAUUAGCAAGUGUAGAAGAUGCAGAAAUAACAGAAAUUGCUUUUGCUGAUAAAGGUAUUAUUACAGUUGGAUGGUUUAAAAAAAUCUUUAACUAUUCUGAUAUUAUUUCUGACCUUGUUGUAUCUAAAGCUGAUUUAUCAUGGCGUGGCCCACAGAUAUAUCGUGAUGAUAUAUUAUGUUUAGAACAUCUAUUGCCAAUUAAUAAUUUAAUAUGUACAGCUUCACAUGAUGAUGAAAUUAAUGUAUGGAGUAUUGAUACGGAAAAAUGA